AUGGUUGCUAGUUGUAAGGACCAGAAGAAGGCAGUUGCCAUAUGUUUGCAGAGGUCGCCCUGUGUGAUGAUAGAGAGACACAACCCUCAGGAGUGUCUUGACAAUCCGGAGCUGAACAAGGACCUUCCCGAACUUUGUAUUGCUCAGAUGAAGGCCUUUUUGGAUUGUAAGCGAGGAAUAGUCGACAUGACUAAGCGGUUUACUGGUAACGCACCUCUGUCAACUGGCAAGUACGAUCAACAGUACGAAAACUUGUGCAAAGGAAAGUUUGAUCCGAGAGAGGAGAUGGAAAAACUAAAACUUUUGAAUAGUCAACAGAAAGACUGA